AACUACAGGGUGUACAGGAUGGAAACUCCUCUCCCCUCUUUGGAAGACAAUGUGGAGUUUGGCUUCGUAGAGUUGUGGCUGGAGAUCAGAGUAGUGGUCUGUUCCUCAGGCUUUCUGUAGCCAACCUGUGUUGGGGAAAAGGAGAGUACUCCAUGCCCCAAAGGUGCAGGAAGAUGGAAAGACGAGGGGUAGGACGCAUGUUCUGGAACCAACUGCUUCGACUCCGACGCCGAGCAGGACCUCCCCAGGACAAUCCAGGGGAAGCUGUAAAAGAACCAGAAAGGACCCAGGAGCACACUCUUCCCAGCUUUGCUGGGGGGCAGCACUUCUUUGAAUAUCUUCUGGUGGUUUCUCUCAAAAAGAAGCGUUCAGGGGAUGCCUAUGAGCCCACCAUCACCUACCAGUUCCCCAAGAGGGAGAACCUGCUUCGGGGCCAGCAGGAGGAAGAAGAGCGGUUGCUCAACGCCAUUCCCUUGUUUUGCUUCCCAGAUGGGAAUGAGUGGGCACCUCUCACUGAGUAUCCCAGGGAGACUUUCUCCUUUGUCCUGACCAAUGUGGAUGGGAGCAGGAAGAUUGGAUACUGCAGGCGCCUAUUGCCUGCUGGCCCUGGCCCUCGCCUUCCCAAAGUAUACUGCAUCAUCAGCUGCAUUGGCUGCUUCAGCUUGUUCUCCAAGAUCCUGGAUGAAGUGGAGAAGAGGCAUCAGAUUUCCAUGGCUGUCAUCUACCCAUUCAUGCAGGGCCUUCGAGAGGCAGCCUUCCCUGCUCCUGGAAAGACUGUUACCCUCAAGAGUUUCAUCCCUGAUUCAGGCACGGAGUUCAUUUCUCUGACACGGCCCCUGGACUCUCACCUUGAACAUGUGGAUUUUAGUUCUCUGUUGCACUGUCUCAGCUUUGAACAGAUUAUUCAGAUCUUUGCCUCUGCAGUGCUGGAAAGAAAAAUCAUCUUCCUGGCAGAAGGUCUCAGCACCCUGUCUCAGUGCAUCCAUGCUGCUGCUGCACUGCUCUAUCCCUUCAGCUGGGCACACACCUACAUUCCUGUUGUCCCUGAGAGCCUUCUUGCCACUGUCUGCUGCCCCACUCCCUUCAUGGUUGGAGUACAAAUGCGCUUUCAGCAGGAAGUUAUGGACAGCCCAAUGGAAGAGGUCCUGUUGGUGAAUCUCUGUGCUGGAACAUUCUUAUUGUCGGUUGGUGAUGAAAAAGACAUACUACCACCAAAGCUACAAGAUGACAUCUUAGACUCUCUUGAUCAGGGGAUCAAGGAGUUAAAGACUUUAGAAGAAAUCAAUGAGCAUGUUUCAGGUCCUUUUGUGCACUUCUUUGUCAAGACUGUGGGCCACUAUGCUUCCUAUAUCAAGCGGGAUGCAAAUGGGCAAGGCCACUUCCAAGAACGGUCCUUCUAUAAGGCUCUGACUUCCAAGACCAACCGGCGAUUUGUGAAGAAGUUUGUGAAGACACAGCUCUUCUCUCUUUUCAUCCAGGAAGCUGAGAAGAGCAAGAAUCCUCCUGCAGGCUACUUCCAAAAGAAAAUACUUGAAUAUGAGGACCAGAAGAAAGAGAAGAAAACAAGGGAAAAGGCUGUCGUGAACAGAAGAGACUAGACCUAUAGGUCAGUUCUGGCCUUUGGCCCCUGCCAGUGUAGUAGGAUAAGCAAAGCUCUUAGCCUCCAAAAUUCACAGCCUCCUUCAGAGUCCUGAGUCCCAGUGACUAGGUCUUGAUUCAAACUGGUAUCUGAGUUUGGGAUCCUUGGAAUCAACUUCCCCAGGACUUUUGAGGGCUUUGAGCCCAGGAUCAAAGAACUGAACUCCAAAUGCAUUUUUCUUUUUCUUUUUUUUUUUUUUUUUGCAGAGGAAAACAGAGCAGGAAACAGUAGUACUGGUGUUACAGGUGCUUGGUUGGAAGGUACUGUAACUACCAUCUCCCAGGAACCACUAUUAGAAAAUCCUCAACAGAGAAAGCCCAAAAGUUUGAUUCCUUCAAAGAGUUUUAUGGCCAUGUGAGGAUGAGAAUAAAGAUGUAAUCUUAAUUUUUUAUGUGGGGCAACACGUGAGAAUAAACUGGGCUAGAAGUGGGCUGUGUCUGCAGUCACAGAAUCACAUGGGUCAGCAGCUCUACUUCUUUUUUGUGUGUGUGGUACUGAGGAUUAAAUCCAGGGCCUCUGCACUUUUUAUCUUCAGUCUUUUGUUUUGAGACAGAGUCUCAUUAAGUCACAAAGUUGUGAUCCUACUGCUUCAGGGUCUCAGAAUGCUGAGAUUAACCAUGUGUGCCACUACGUCAGGAUAGCAGCUCCACUUCUGAUAGAAAGGAUGAGAUCCUGGUAAAGGCAGCAGCAGCACCGGAGUUUUUGGUUCUCAAGAAGUGUGCUUCCUCAAGUCCUGGGAGGAGAGGCUGCUAGCUGGAUGGAGGAAGCUGCAGUCUAGGAUAACAUGAGGGGAAGAAGCUCAGUCAAUGCUAGUACAGAUACUACCUGGCUUUCGUAAACAGGUUGCCUGCCAGUCACUCCCAGUCUGGACUAGUACUUUAUCAUCAUCUUCCACAGCCUACCUCUAACUGCUUGUUAUUUUGAGAAGCCUAGUUAGGUUUUCGUAGCUAACGAUGGAGGGAUCCCUGCCUUGACACAUUUUCUUUUAAGAAAAAACAAAAAACAAGAAUAAUAAUUUUAAAAGUCCAAAGGGAUUUUUGUGGUCACCUAGUCCCUCCUACCUCUAUGGCUCCACUGUCAGUUUCUGUUUAAACAUCGCUAGAUAUAGGAAACAUUUUUAGAAGCAUCUUCUCUUUUAAAAAUGUGUUUGAGCGUGGUCCUCAGGUCUGACUUCUAUUCAAGGAAUAUUUUGGAGGGUAGACAAGGGGAAAAGGAUACCAAACUAAAGUUAAAGCCAGUGUGGUUUGAUUUCAAGAUGUGGCAAAUGUUCCACUGUCCACACCAUCCAUAACUGUUUCUAUUCUUGACAGUUUCAAAGAAUCAUUACACCUUUUUUGGGUUAAUUUUGUCUGGUUCCUAAACCUAGUUGUACCUCAAAAGGUUUUAGAACAGAAGCCAGAAUCCUGGGAAGCUUAUGAAAAUAUUGGUGACAGAAACUGGAAAAUGGUAGUUUUUAAAAGCUUCUUUAGGGCUGGGGAUUUAGCUCAGUGGUUCCAGCGCCUGCCUCACAAGUGCAAGGUCCUGAGUUUCAUCCCCGGUAUCAAAAAAAAAAAAAAAAAAAAAAAGCUUCUUUGGGUGAUUCUGAAAGUAGGUGUAAGUUAAAUAAACAUAAGAAGAAUUGGGGCCAGCUGAGGUUUUCAUACAAAUGUAUCCUUGAUCUGAUGCUGCUAUCUAGCACUGAAGGAAGCAUACACUGAAUAUUUGGUGCUUUUUCAGCUUCCUUUUAUUCUUAAAAGGAUUCUAAUACAUUUCAAUUAGCCUGGACAUCUCAGUUUUCAGCUUUAGCUCACUAAAGCUCAGUAUGGAGGAGAAAACACUAGAACAGGAUUUAGAAGAUGUGGAUUCUAGUCUCCAUUUUGAAAAAUAUCAAUACUGUGUGACACUGGUAUACCAUUUAGCUCCCUUCCCACUUUAAUUUCUAUUACAGGUAAUUAACUCCUAUAGCUAAGCAUGCUAUAAUAAUCAAGUAAGACAACAGAUACAACUAUGUCCAACAAGAUUUAUCCUUCCUUAUCAUGCUUUGUCCUAGCUUUCAAAGCUUGAACUGCCCCAGAAUUUUCCUAUCCUAGAUAUUGGAGAAGUUGCUAGCAUGAAAAGGUAAUGAGAGAUGUCCUUUUUAUCUGCAGUCUAGCAAAGAAAUGAAAAAUGUAAUUCUCACUGUCAAUCCAGAUGUACACUGGGUUGUUGGAACUAUUAAAAAUGCAAGAAAUUAUGGUUCCAGCUGCUAGGCAAGGCAGUGCAAUUACUAUUUAUUUGUGAUUAUGGAACACAGUAUUAAUAAAAAUCAUUAAUAAGAUAUCUUUUUA